AUGUUGGUUCGAGUAUGGAGUUGGAUGUUACUGUCGGCUGGCAUUGUAUGGCACUUGUUGGACCUUGCAGAAGCAGACUGUCCUAUUCUGACGAAGACGGUGAAUGUUUCGUCCGAGCAGCGUCUGAUGCUAUACUUGAUGGCCGGAUACGAGAAGUCCAUUCGUCCGGUCUACAAUUCGUCCUCGCCUGUAGAGGUCAAACUUGGACUGACCUUGACCCAAAUUCUUGACCUAGAUGAGAAAAAUCAGAUUCUAACGACAAACGUUUGGAUGGAAGUGGAAUGGUACGACGAGAAACUCAGUUGGGACCAACACCACUACGGCGGUCUUACAAGCAUACGAAUACCUUGCAACCGAAUAUGGCUACCGGAUGUCGUGCUGUACAACAGUGUCGAUGAUUACACAUCCGGGUACAUGCCGAGCCUCGCUAUGGUUCACAAUGACAGCCGGGUAUUUUGGGGUCCAGUUGUCCGCUUCAGAAGUUCCUGUAAAAUUGAUAUCACGUUUUUUCCAUUUGACGACCAGAUGUGUAAGCUGAAACUCGGAUCCUGGGCUUAUCAUGGAUUUCAGGUCAAUGUGUUCAAUCGCUCUAAUACGAUUGACUUGUCUAACUUUGUUGACAACGGAGAGUGGGAGCUAGUGGAAAACCGGGUGGAACGGAACCAGGUCUACUAUAACUGCUGUUCGGAACCUUUUCCGGAUGUGACGUUUUACAUAUAUUUGCGCAGGCGUAUUAAAUACUACUUCAUGAACAUCAUAAUACCUUGUAUUAUAUUAUCGUUUUUGUGCCUGGCUGGAUUUUUACUUCCACCGGAAAGUGGAGAAAAGAUAACUCUAGGACUAUCUGUACUGCUCACGAUUACCGUGUUUAUGCUGAUGGUGGCGGAUAAGAUGCCCCAGACGUCAGAAUCUAUCUCCGUCAUCAGUAUAUAUUUAAUGGUCGUUCUGUCCAUGAGCUGUAUGUCAGUCCUGACGUCCGUCUGGAUACUUAGUAUACACCAUCAGCGCGGGAAACCCAAACGAGUCCCAACAUGGCUGCGCGUUCUUGUACUCACCUUCGUCGCUAAAUGUUUAUGUGUAAAUAUACGCCUCUUUGGUACGAAAGACAGAAUACUAGAUUACCGAAACCGGAAGAGAAACAAAAAUAAGAAAAUCAGAGUCGCAAUGGAAGAUCCGGAAAUAAUUCGAAUGGAUGGAAAUGUGAGAGACCCUUUCGACAUAGAGAAUAGCAUGUCCACAAUCGAAAAUAAUAUUUACAGGGAAAGCUACCUCGAGCGCGAAGACGCAAUUAAGGAUUUAAUUGACUUGUUGCAAACGCGCCAUCUUGAGGAGCUCUAUGAAGAGGAGGUCUACAAGGAAUGGAGAGAUGUUGCCUUUGUCCUUGACCGAAUGUUCUUUGUUCUAUUUUUACUUAUAACCACCAUAGCAACGGUUUGUAUCCUUGAGAUGAGACCGUCUCACGGUAAACACUAA